CCGCCUACCGGGGCCAGCUAUCGCCCCUUGCACACCUGUCACGUUUGGAGCGCCCCCUGCCGGGACGCGCGCGGCGCACGCAGCUCACUACACGUUGGCCGGGAUGCCGAGGUCGCCCACUCUCACUAGGCGCCGAGGGCCGAACUGCAGCGGGGCGGCCCGCCGCGCGGGUGGCCAUGGUCGUGACAGGUGGUCGUGAGCGGGGCUACAGGUGCAUUCUGACUGACAUACUGCUGCUCAAGAAGCAGACCGAGGACAUCAGCAGCCUCUACGAGAUUGAGAUCGAGAUCAAAAUGGGGGAAGCUGGCCUCGUGAGUGCGCGGGUCUCUGCACACCUCGUGGCCCUCAAGUGCAUCCCAAAGAAGGCAUUGCACGAGAAUGAGAUGGCCGUGCUCCGCAGGUGGGCCCACCCCAACACUGUGGCCCUGGAGGACGUCCAUGAGAGCCCGUCUCACCUGUACCUGGCCAUGGAGCCGGUGACAGGCUGUGAGCUGUUUGACCACAUCAUGGAGCGGGGCUCCUACGCCGAGAAGGACCCCAGCCACCUGUGGGGCAGGUCCUCGGGGCUGUCUCCUAACUGCCUGGGCAUCGUGCAUCGAUACUUCAAGCCCAAAGACCUCCUCUGUGCGACCCUUUUUGAGGACUCAAAGAUCAUGAUAUCUGACUUUGGACUCUCCAAGAUCCAGGCCGGGAACAUGCUGGGCGUGGCCUGUGGAACCCCGGGCUACAUGGGUGAGCAGGGCACAUACUCUGAGGCUGCCUGGGGCUGGGCGGGCCAGGGACCCUGGGCAGCCGAGGGGCUGGGGGGCUGUUGCCCACUCCUGGGGCUGCAUGGUCCGAAGCUGGUGACAGUGUGUUUGUUGCAUGCAUGCCAUGUGUGGCGUCUGCCUGUCUGUCUCUGGCCCCCAGACCCAGAGCUUUUGGAGCAGAAACCCCACGGUAAGGCUGUAGAUGUGUGGGCCCUGGGUGCCAUCUCCUGCAUCCUUAGGAUGCUGUGAGGGUACCCCCCGUUCUACGAUGAGAGCGACCCCAAACUUUUCAGCCAGAUCCUGAGGGCCAGCUAUGAGUUCAGCUCCCCCUUCCGGGAUGACACUUCCGAAUCGGCCAAAGAUUUCAUCCGGCACCUUCUGGAGCGAGGUCUCCAGAAGAGGUUCACCUAGCAGGCCUUGCAGCACCUGUGGAUCUCUGGGGAUAUGGCCUUGAAUAAGGACAUCCUGGGCUCCGUCAGCGAGCAGAUCCAGAGGAACUUUGCCCGGAUGCACUGGAAGCGAGCAUUCAAUGCCGCCUCAUUCCCGUGCCACAUCCAUAGGCUAGGACAGAGCCCGGAUGGCGAGGAGACUACAGGGCAGGGCAUGCUUCGUCACAGCCACCCUGGCCUGCAGACUGGCCGGCUGUCAAGUGGUGAUACCCGAGUGUGUGGGGCUGAGAGCCAGGUGGGAUGGAGCCCACUGGCCAGAGGGCAGAGAGGACGGGAGUAGCAGAAGGGCAGAGAAGGCAGGUGGGUGCUCCUGCGACCCGAUAGUGCGUGGAGACCACCGGCUCUGGAUCACCUCUUUUUCCUCCUCCACCCUAGGUGGCUGCCGAGGCCGAGCAGACUGACCCUCUCUCCCCACCUCCUUCCUGAGGUUGUCCCCAACAAUAAGGACAGCAUUGAGGAGAGAGAGGUGUGGUGUCCUGGUCCCCCGGGGUAUGGAUGUGGAGGAAGGGGCCCCACAAUGGACCUUGCUCUCCUAAUCACCCCAGAACUUCCUCCAACACUCCAACCCUUGCCAAACAGGCCACUGUCCACCAGGUCGGCUACCCAAGAGGUCUGAGUGUGUCCAGCAUGAGGGCUGUGGCAGGAGGAUGAUGGGCACUUUCCCCAGGGGCCCUUGCCAUGUCCGGGUACCCAGGGCCCACUGCAGUGAACUCGGGGACCAGCGGGGCUUGCCGGGGGGCUCAGGCUCAAGUUGAAGCCAGAGGGCCUGGCUGCCACCGAGGAGAGCAGCAAUGACCCUGUCCUGUCGAAGUGGAAGCAGGGACAACUACUCUCUGUGCUGGCACAAUGCCACAGCUUCCUGAACCCAGAAAUCUGAGGCCACCUGCAGGCCACUCCACGUGUCCGAUGUUGGACCACAUAGCCCAGUCCCACCCUGGGCCAGGUCUCUCUGCUCCUUUGUGGGGUCCCUGCUUGCCUUGCCUGUGGGUCACGGUCGGUUGGGCCUUGGGUGUGUGUCAGGUCCUGGGCAUGGGUGGGCGCAUCAGAGGAGGUUCCUGCCAUCAGCAGAGGGGACUGGGAGGGGCGUGGUCUCACCUGGAUGACAAGACCCCCUGUGCCUCAGCAGGGGCGAUCCCGACUCUGCAGUUUGGCCUCCUGCCGGCAGGGGGCACCAUGACCACAUCUUUCGACCGCCCCUGGCUACCUCUGGACCUUGAAGUACUUGGGGAAGCGGCAGGCAGGGACAUUGUCAGGAGAAAGAUUGGGGUCACCUGCAGUUGUGCCUUGUGCCGUCCUGAGGGCAAGCAGGCUCGGCUGAGUAGGUGGGAGAGGGCCGGUGGCCGGUGGUGGAGCCCCCCUGACACUAUCUGGUGAGGUGCUUGGAAGCGGGAUGCAGAGUGGGGCGUCUUUCCUGGGAAUUGAGGGGCACCCCCACACCUGGGACAAGCAGAGUGAGGCCUGGAGCACGCUUGUGGGCGACAGGGGUUUCAGGAAAGCUGCAUCCGGAGGGCCACUCUGGGACAGGUGGCCAUGCUGAGUGGCCAGUGCGACCAUUUGUCAACGAAGUUUUAAGUAGGGUGGCUUGGAGAGAUGGUGACGUGGGUUUGAUGUGCCAAGUUGGAGGUGCCUGAGGGACAGGAAAUAGAGACAGAGCCCCUCUUUGCAGGUAUGCAGCCAGCCUUACAGACAGACAGAGAUGCUACAGGCAGCACUCAAGUGAGCACUUGCUAUGUGUCUCUUGCUGGUCGGGGCUGCGCAUAGUUUCACUUGAAACUCCUCUGAGAAUGAGAUAAUUAAAACCUCAUCAUUGUUUACCCUUCCACAUGGGGAAACUGAGGUAUGGAGAGGCUGAGACCACACAGCUUGUAGUGGGACAAACAUCUUCCUGCCUGCCCCAGUACCAGUGGUUUGUGGCCUGGGACAUAGGGUGGUGUGGGGUUGCGUCCCACCUUUCCUUCUGAGACUGCAGUGUCAGUGUGCUGGGGGACCCACCCUGGGUUUCGGGGUGGUCCUUGAAGGUGCUCUGUCUGCCUCCAAGUCCCAUCCAGUGGGGACUAGGGUUUUUCCUAUGGUGGGAGGGCUGCGAUGGGUGGCCCAGAAAUGGUGCAUGUGGGAUGCAGCUUGGGGGGGCUGGCAUGGGCAUGAGGGAGUCAGGGUGCUGCCAGGACCCCAGGAGAGAAGCCAGGCAGUGGCUGAGCUGGCGCCACAAGCUGCACAGUCCUUCCUGCCCAACACUGUUCAUGUCCGUGGUAACGGUGUUUGCCACUGAGCUCACCUUUCCCCUGGGCGCCCCAGCUCCACCUUUUGACUGCAGGCUGGCAAGAUCAAAGGAUUGGGUGCUUUGGAAAUCGUGAAGAACCCCAAUUUGUAGGGCAGCUGGGAGAGGAAGUGGCUAUAGAGAGCGUGAAGAGACCUUUCCAAGAGGGGACCAAGGAGCCACUGAAGCCUUUUUUUUUUUUUCCUGAUACGGGGAAUCAAACUCAGGACUUUGUGCUUGCCAGGCAGGCACUUGUGCCAUUGAGCUACAUCCCUGGCCCUGAAGCCUUUUAAGCAGGAUGCAGAUGACACUGGAAUUUUGCUUAAGAAUGCUUUCAACGUGGGAGUGGUAGCCCUCACCUAUCAUCCCCACCCUAGGAAGGGGAGGCUGAGGCAGAAGAAUCUCUACCAGUUCAAGGCCAGUUUGUGAGAUCUUGUCUCCCUACCUCUUCCCCUCAGAAGUGCUUCCUGGUAUUUUUUGGCCCUUUCUGGUCCCUCUUGACAAAUUUUAAAUCCACACACUCAUUUGUGCAGUUCUCCUCCCUCACACCCCAUUGGGGUUCUGACAGCCCUUCUCAUCCUGCGAGCCAGGUUCUGCUCUCACAGGGUCCCCUGAGUGGAGGCCAAUUUCUCCUUGUAGUUCUUUCACCUGGUGCCUUAUGUAAUUCUAAGCUAUGUUAUUAAGAGCAUGCGUGUUGACAACUGCUAUAUAUUUCAGGUAGGUUGAGUAGUGACAGGCGCUGGUGCCUCGCACUCCUUUUCACUGCUCUGCUUUGUCCGACAGUAAUCACAUAACUAUACCUUUUUGUUACUAUUUGCCCGCCAUAUCUUUUUCCAUCCUCUCAAACUUAAAAGUUUUUUCAUUGAAAUGUAAUUCACAUACUAUGAAAUAUACCCUUGAAAAUGCA